AUGGAUGCAAGUGACAAGAAAGGGUGGACUACUACCGAGUGCCUCAUACUGGCGCAAUCUGUAUAUCAACAAGCUGGCAAUGACAAGUGGGCUGCCGUAUCAAAGCAACUGAAGGCUCAUUCCUGCACAUCAAAACCGCCAGACUACUUUACUCCUUCUGCUUGCUCAACCCAAUUCACUGCUCUGGCUGCUCUUGAUCAGUCUGCCAAUGAAGCUGAAGGUGAAAUCGCUGCAAGACUCGCCAGACGAUUCCACAUUGAAAGAAUAACAGAGCUCAAAGCUGAAUUGGCUAAAGACGAUGAGACAUUCAGGCAACUCGUUCAAGAGAUUCUUGAUAUACGGGAUGGCAAACUGGAUGAAAAACUCACAAAGGAAAUGGAAGAACGUAAAGCUGCCGAGCGUACUAGCUCUUCUGAUGGGAAGCACGUCGAUACGCAAGUCAACGAUACCAAACGAGAGAGCGAUUCAAAGACAACUGCCAUGGAGGUGGACUCGCCCACACGUGAAGUCGAGACAAAAGAUGCCAAGAAGGAAGAUGAAGUUAUGACUGAUGGGUAUACAUCAGGCAUCGAAAGCGUUGACGGCUCAACCUCACGACCCCGCAAAGGCUCAAUCUCAUCAACAACCAAAGAAGAUCCCCAAAAACGAAAUUUCCGCAAAAUAUGUAUGGCUGUAUGGGACAAGAUUGCCGAUCAUCGUUUUGGAAAUGUAUUCAAAGCCAAUCGUGAUGAUCAACUGCCUGGCUACUCGGAUGAUAUAAAACGACCAAUGAGUCUCAUGACAAUCAAACAAAGGAUACGGGAAGGAGAGAUUACAAGUCCUGAUGAGCUACAUCGUGAUUUAUUGCUCAUGCUGGUUAAUAUCAUCAUGUACAAUAAGGAAGGGUCUGAUGUUUAUGAUAUGGCUUUGGAAUUCAAGAAAUUCAUUGACGCAGAACUAUCUCAGCUACGAAUAACAUAUCAACGAGCUCGUACAUAA